CAUGGGGAAGAGGGACAACCGGGUGGCUUAUAUGAAUCCCAUAGCAAUGGCUCGAUCCCGAGGUCCUGCUCCAUCGUCAGGACCUACCAUACAAGACUACUUGAAUAGACCAAGGCCAACGUGGGAAGAAGUAAAAGAACAACUGGAGAAGAAAAAGAAGGGCUCCAAGGCCUUAGCAGAAUUUGAAGAAAAGAUGAACGAGAACUGGAAAAAAGAAUUGGAAAAACAUAGGGAGAAAUUGUUGAGUGGCAGCGAGAGCACUUCACGAAAGAAAGAGAAAAAGAAGAAGGAGAAGAAAAAAUCCAGUAGGUUGUCUCCAUCUUCCUCUUCCUCAUCAAGUUCUGAUUCUUCCAGUAGUUCUUCUGAUUUCGAAGAUGAGGAUAAAAAACAAGGGAAAAAGAGAAGGAAAAAGAAGUACCACUCCUCACGGAAGUCAUCUGAAAGCUCCAAUUCAGAUUCUGAAUCGGACAGCAAGGACAGCUUAAAAAACAGAAAGUCAAAGGAAGAUCGUGAAAGAGAAAAGGACAGCAAAACACUUGUUCGGAAAAGGAUAAAAAUGGAGUGUGGGGAUGGCCCGUUAUUAUCAGAUUCUGCCUCAGAAUCUGACCAUAUAGAGGAGGUACCAACAAAAAAGAAGAAAAAUAAUGAAGAAAAAGAGAAAAAUGAUAAAACAAAAAAGCGAAAGAAGCACAAGAAGCACGGCAAAAGGAAGUAAAAGAAGCUAGC